AUGGAGCUGGUAUUGCAGUGUCAGGGAGAUGGAGAACAAAUGAAGAUGGAAAAGGCAAAUAUCACUACAAUGGUAGGAUUUGUUCUGUUGGGGUUUUCUGAUAUUCCCAAUUUCCGCUGGACUCUAUUUGCAAUAUUCUUAGUCAUUUAUCUUACUAUCCUAAUGUGUAAUAGCAUCAUAAUUCUGUUAACAAGCAUUGACCCCAUUCUCCAGACCCCUAUGUACUUCUUUCUCAGCAAUUUUUCCUUUUUAGAAAUCUGUUAUGUAACUGUCACCAUUCCAAGAAUGCUCACAGACCUUUUGACCCAGAAGGGAAACAUUUCUUUCUUGGCUUGUGCAACCCAAAUGUGUUUUGUCCUUAUGCUGGGUGGCUCAGAGUGUGUCCUCCUAACUGUGAUGGCUUAUGACCGUUACGUGGCCAUCUGUAACCCUCUGCACUAUCCUCUCGUCAUGAACCACAAAGUUUGUGUCCAGCUGGUGAUUUCUUCCUGGAUGUGUAGCAUUCCAGCUGUCAUUGGACAAACAUGCCAGAUUUUCUCUCUGCCCUUCUGUGGUUCUCACACAAUAAAUCAUUUCUUCUGUGACAUUCCCCCGAUUCUUAAGCUAGCGUGUGGGGACACUUUUGUGAAUGAGAUUGCCGUCUAUGUCGUUGCUGUUGUAUUUAUUAUGGUUCCCUUUCUUUUGAUUGUCGUUUCCUAUGGCAAAAUUAUCUCCAACAUUCUGAAGUUAUCAUCAGCCAAAGGGAGGUCUAAAGCCUUCUCGACCUGUUCUUCUCACCUGAUAGUUGUUGUCCUGUUCUAUGGAACAGCCACCAUUACUUAUUUACAACCCAAACCCAAUCAAUCGGAAGGAGUCGGGAAACUUAUCUCUCUUUUUUAUACUGUUUUGAUUCCAACAUUAAAUCCCAUUAUAUACACCCUGAGGAACAAGGACAUCAUGGCAUCACUUAGAAAACUGCUAACUAAGCUAAUAAUCUGA